AUGGCUUUCGUUUCCAACGGUUCAGAGUACGACUUCAUCAUUGUCGGCGGUGGUACCGCUGGCAAUGCAAUUGCUGGUCGCCUUGCUGAGAAUCCCUCCGUCCGCAUUCUGGUUGUCGAAGCCGGCAUCCCCAACCCGGAUCAGAUCGAGCAAAUCACUACCCCGUCCAAGGCUUUCACCCUUCGCGGAAGCAAGUACGACUGGUCCUACAAGACAACUAUGAUUAAGCGCGAUGAUUAUGAGCGUGUUGAGAAGCCCAACACCCGCGGAAAGGCCCUUGGCGGUAGUUCGUGUGCCAACUACUUCACCUGGAUUCCUGGCUCGAAGCCUACCUUUGACGACUGGGAGGCCUUCGGUGGCCGCGACUGGAACUGGGACUCCUGUGUGGAGUACCUCCGCAAAUGUGCCACCUACCAUGAUGACGAGAAGCUGUAUCCGGCCGAACUGAGCAAGAUUGGAACCGGUGGCCCGGUGCAGAUUUCCCACGCCGACUUGGUGCCGGAGAUGAAGCCGUUCCGUGAUGCGCUCACUGAGGCCUGGGUUUCUAAGGGCGAAGUUCUGACCGAGGACAUCUACUCCGGCGAGAUGAAGGGUCUCACCCACUGUGUUGAUACUAUCCACCAGGGCGAGCGCCAGGGUAGCUUCCUUUACCUAAAGAACAAGCCGAACGUGACAAUCCUCUACGGCGUUCACUCGAAGAAGCUGCUCAUCGACCCUACCACGCGCAUCUGCUCCGGUGUCACUGUGAUAAGCGAAGCUUCCGAUGACGAGAUCAGUGUCUAUGCCAGCCGAGAGGUCAUCCUGUCUCAGGGUGUCUUUGAGACCCCCAAGCUUCUCAUGCUCAGCGGAGUCGGCCCAGCAGCGGAACUGGCCAAACACGGAAUCACUCCCAUUGUGGAAUCCCCUCACGUCGGCCAGCAUCUUCUGGACCACCCAAUUGUACCUUUCGUUCUUGAGGUCAAGGAUGGGUACAGCUUGGAUAACCAUAUCCUCCGCCCCGGUCCUCUGAAUGACAAGGCACUCUCCACCUACCAGAAGGACAAGACUGGCCCUGCAAGCUCCGGAUUUUUGGAACUUGUGGGAUUCCCCCGAAUUGACCAACGCCUGGAGAAGUACCCUGCCUACCGCGAGGCCAAGGCUGCCAACGGAGGACUUGAUCCUUUUGGCCCAGCAGGACAACCUCACUUCGAGCUGGACUUCGUCGGCUUGUUCAGCACUGCAUUCCAGUGGCAUUACCCUUUGCCCGAGAAGGGCAACUACAUGACCGUCAUUGUUGAUCUGCUGCGACCCCUUUCCGAGGGCGAAGUUACCCUGAACAGCUCGAACGCACAGGUUCAGCCGAAUAUCAACCUCAACUUCUUUGGCAAUGACUUGGACAUUCUGGCUAUGCGGGAGGGUGUGCGCUGGACAUAUGACCUUCUGACCAAGGGUGCUGGAUUCAAGGACAUUGUGCUCUCGGAGUACCCCUGGAAGAUGCCCCUUAACUCCGAUGAUGAUAUGAACCGGGCUGUUCUGGAUCGCAGCCAGACUGGAUUCCAUCCAUGCGGUACUGCACGUCUCUCGAAGAGCGUUCACCAGGGUGUUGUUGACUCCAAGCUGCGGGUUCACGGAGUGCGCAACCUCAGAAUUGCAGAUGCUUCUGUCAUCCCCGUGAUCCCUGAUUGCCGUAUUCAAAACUCGGUCUACAUGAUUGGCGAGAAGGGCGCGGAUAUCAUCAAAUCUGAGCACAAGGAUAUAUAUGAGGCUAAGAACAUUCCCUACCUUGUUUCUAGCAAGCUCUGA